CACAACUCACAUCUUGGAGGAAAAUUAUUUUAUAAUUUUAUUGUGGUUGCUUUUUUGUGAAAAUUUACGCGUUGACAGUAUUUAGUGAGUGAUAUAAGAAAUGGCGGAAAGCAGCGAGAAAUUGUACCCUAAUUGUAACAGUAGUGUGUGGCUAAGGUCAUGUGACGUGGAAGUGACGGAACCCUUACACGGCAAGAUCACAGGAAAAAUGCCAACGUGGUUACGAGGCAGUUUACUGCGAAACGGCCCGGGCUCAUUGAAAGUUGGUUCAAUGCGUUUCGAACACUUGUUUGAUAGUUCAGCUCUCGUACAUCGAUUUUCAAUCCUGGACGGAGCAGUGACAUAUCAAUGUCGGUUCGUCCGCACCAACACGUUCAAAACGAACCGCGCGGCAAAUCGGAUUGUGGUCACUGAAUUUGGCACCAAAGCGGUGCCUGACCCUUGCCACACUAUUUUUGACAGAGUUGCAUCAAUAUUCAAACCUGCAGAAUUGUCGGACAAUACAAUGAUAUCUUUAUAUCCUUUCGGUGAUGAAAUAUACUCUUUUACUGAAGGACCAUUUAUACACAGAAUAGACCCAAAAACACUGGACACAUUGGAGAGGAAAGACAUGAUGAAAUGCGUUGCAGUUGUGAAUCAUACGUCACAUCCCCAUGUCAUGCCAAAUGGUGACGUCAUCAACGUUGGCAUGUCAAUUGUCAAAGGCAGAUUACGUCACGUCGUUGUUAAAUUUCCUUACACAGAAAAAGGUGACAUGUUCGAACGAGCUCAUAUCAUUGGCAGUAUGAAACCUCGGUGGGCGAUGCAUCCUGCAUAUAUGCACACUUUUGGUGUAACAGAGAACUAUUUCGUGAUACUCGAACAACCCUUGACAGUCUCUAUUUGUGGAGUACUACGCAACCAGCUAGCUAAUAAACCUAUGAUAUCUAGUCUACAGUGGUUUCCUGAACACGAGACGAACAUAGUUUUAAUAAGUAAGAAAACUGGCAAAGAAUUUAAACGAUUCCGAACCGAAACUAUGUUCUUCCUUCACAUAAUCAACGCAUUCGAGCAGGACGGAAGAUUGAUCGUAGAUUUAUGUUCUUAUAAGGAUGCGAAGGCGUUGGACGCGAUGUAUGUGAAAGCGAUUGAGACGAUGCAAAGUAACGCAGAGUAUGCGGAAUGGUUCCGCGGCCGGCCGAAGCGGUUGGAGGUGUCGCUAGCAGCGCCGGCCUUGAGCAAAGUGACGCCGCGUCUGCUCGCCAACUUGGGCUGCGAGACUCCUAGAAUACAUUACGAUUUGUACAACGGCCGGCCGUAUAGAUAUUUCUACGCCAUUAGUUCGGACGUCGACGCUGAAAAUCCCGGAGCGAUAAUCAAAGUUGACACGUCGUCUGGUGAGACUUGGUCCUGGUGUGAAACUGAUUGUUACCCAAGCGAACCUGUCUUCAUACCAGAACCUGAUUCUCGACAAGAAGAUGGUGGGGUACUGUUGAGUGCGUUGCUGUGGGGAUCACGAGAGUGCUCCAUGGGUCUUCUAGUGCUUGAUGCUCGUACAAUGAAAGAAAUCGCACGAGUUGAUUUUGAAACACCCUCCCCAGCACCUAAAUGUCUACACGGAUGGUUUCUACCGGAAAAAGCAUGAAGAACCUACAAAAGAAAAAAAAUCAAGCAGCAUUUUUCUAGUUAUUCCAAAGUUUUCAAUAUUUGUAAUAUAAAAGAUGUAUUCAAUUUUAGUUUUGUAAUUGAUUUAUGCAUUAAGAAGUACUGUUUAACAUAAUUUUAAUAAAUUUC